UAUCUGGAGUAUAAGAAAUGAAGUUGGGGCAGACAGAGAGACGGACUCCUGGGGUCUACCAGCAGUCACAAUGCCCAGAGGGCCUGUCCUUCUCUGGCUGCUGACCGGGCUGUGGAGGCUUCAGCUGACUCCAGCUGCAGCAGAGACCGUUGUGACAGCAUUUCUGGGCCAGCCGGCCACUCUGCCCUGUUAUCACCAGUCGUGGUCUGUCAACAGCAACAGCAUGUGCUGGGGCAAAGGCCCGUGUCCCAACUCCAGAUGCACCGAGGAGCUCCUCCACACUGACGGGUCACGGGUGCUCUCGAGGAAGUCGACAAAGUAUGACAUUCGGGGGUACAUCCCGGGAGGCGAUAUCUCCUUGACCAUCUUCAAUACCAGGGAAAGUGACAGUGCUGUGUACUGCUGCCGCAUAGAGGUGCCUGGCUGGUUUAACGACAUCAAGAAGAACAUUCGUCUGCAGGUACAGAAAGCCCCAAUGACCACCCGUCGCCCUACCACCCGUCGCCCGACUACCACCACCACCACCACCACCACCACCACCAUCGCCAUGACAACCACCACAGUCACGCCUCCAACAACAGUCCUAACAACAUCUGACCUCCCAACCACACCACCGCUUCGGACAAGACCCACCACCGCCCUCACAGUGGCGACGACCACAUGCCCCCUGGAAGCGCCAAGCACCCUUCCUGAGGCAACCAAAAGUCCCCCGACCACUGAGCCUGCCACAGAAGAGCCCGUGUUCACUGCAGAAUCAGAAAAUUCCUUUCUCCCUAAGGCGACUUCUGGAGACACACCCAGAGAGACCAAAGGCUGGGUUCUCCAGUCAACAUCCCAGGCGUUGACAUCGAAAAGGAGAGACCCAGCGGUUCCUUCUCAGCCAAAGGGCUCUGAGACGACAACUUUCGGGAAAAUUAAAGCUGAAAAAAAGCAGGUAAACAUUUUUUUUGUGAUUUAUUUGAAGUGUAUGAUUGAGAUUGUAAAAAGCUACGAUAGAGGUUGCAGAAAUGGACUUGGGAGAGCAGACACAUCUAAAAAGGGUGUGAGAUGCAUCGCGACCAUUCUGGCACAGCUAAGGAAUUUGCGGGCUUGGAUUCUUGACAGAAAUAACAUUAAUAUUAUUACUUUUAUAUGUGCAGAUGCUUUGAGAAGCAAAAGGAAAAAAGGCAAAAACAUGAAAAAUCAUUCUGCUUCUUCUGUGUGGCCCAGGAUUAGGGACAUUUUGCAGAAUCAAUGCCUGCCCACAAUAGUCUUCUUGCUUCUGAGAGGAUCCUUCAUUAAUAUUUAUUGUUGCAAAAGUGAUGCAGGCCGCGUUACGCAAGAACGUUAGGCUGCGUAGACAUCUGAAAAGAAGAGUGGAGGGCCCCCCACCCCUUGUUUCUUUUCUCCCCUUCUCUCUCCUGUGA